AUGGAAUAUAAAAUAAUCUGUAGAAUAUGCAAUUUGCCAAUUAAGAUAGAUUUUCUUAAAUUACAUAACGAAGCUUGUAAAACAUGUGCUGAGUUUAGAAGAAAAGAAAUAAAAUUGAAUUUGUAAGUUGCUAAAGUUUGUGAAAAAGCUUAUAAAAAGAAGCACUAAAUUCAUUCAAGGGGUUAAAAAUAGUAUUCUGUUCUAUCUAAAUAGUCUUAAUUCUCUGAGAUUGAAAUGGGAUUAGAUGUCACAUUAGUAUACUUAGGAAAUUUAUUAGGAAUAUAAACUACUUUAACUCUUGAUUUCUUAUGGAGAGAGAACAUUAAAUUCUGAAGUUGAUGCUAAAUGUAAUUUUAUAAAAUCACUAUAUUAGAUCAUCUUAUUACUUAAAAUGAAUUUAUGUAAGCCUAACAAAUAAUAAGUAACCCUUAUAUUUUGAAUUUGAUAGAGCAAAUGAAUAAGCUCAUUAAUUAAAGAUUAGACAUAUGUUAUAAAAGUAAAAAGUAUUGAAAGAUUAUAAGCUAAAUUUCAAAGCAUCCCAAGUAUAUCAUUUAGAUUAAGUAAAUUCAGUAAAGACAGUCCUAAAUCUAUUAAUGAAACUAAUAACAGAAUGAAUUCAUUUUCUGAUUAUUUAAACUCUUCUAAGUAUAAAUUUAUGAAAUCAAUCAAGUUUUUCUGAAGAUACACAGUCAGAUAAAAAAAGUAUUUCUCGACCAGAUACUCCUGUUAAAUCUAUAUCUAUUAUUGAUAAUCUAAGAAAAAAAGGUAAACUGUCCAAAUUCCUAUAGAGACAGUCGACUUUUUCAUCAGAAGAAGAAUAAAAUUUAGAAUAACCAAAACUUCGAUAAUAAAUUAAAAAGAAAAGUUAUUUUGCUAGAAUAGGAAGUUCAGAUAGUGAUACAGAUGAUAUUACUAGUAAUAUUGUAGAAUAAAAUAAUUAAAUAUGUAAAGAAAAUGAUUAAAAUUUUGAAUCUGCUUGUUUUCUUGAAUUAUAGAGAGGAUAUUUUUCUGAUACUGAAAUUAUUAGAUUAGAUAUUGAAAAUAAGAUAAAGGAAAAAAAUAUUGGUUUAAAAGACUUUAAUUUCAUAAGAUAAAUAGGGUAAGGAGCUUAUGGAAGUGUAUUUUUAGUAAAAAGAAUUAUAACCGGAGAUUUAUAUGCAAUGAAAAUAAUAAAUUGUUGUAAUAAACGAUUUGAAAGAUUGUUAGAAUAAUUGAAAUAAGAAAGAAAUAUAUUAGAAAUCUUAACUGGCGAUUAUGUAGUAAAAGCUUAUUAUUCUUUUUAACAUGAAUCAUCUUUAUGUUUUGCAUAAGAAUAUAUGAUUGGAGGAGAUUUUUCCAAAAUUCUCAUCAAUGAAGGAGUAAAUUUAUAAAUUUAUUCUAGGCUUUUGAUGAGAAUAUAGCUAGACAUUAUUUUUCAGAGAUUUUAAUAGCAUUAGAAUAUUUACAUAAUAAUAAUAUUGUUCAUAGAGAUCUUAAACCAGAAAAUAUUCUUUUAGAUUAAUAUGGACAUAUUAAAUUAGCUGAUUUUGGACUUAGUGAAUUAGGUAUAAAUAAAAAAAUGAUUAAAAAAUGUAGUCAAUAAAAUUUUUCAUAAAGUGAUUCAUCUCCAUCAACAAUAUAUUAAAUGAAAAAAGGAAGAUCAUUUAAAAAAUCUAAUAUUAUAUCUGAGAAUGCUGAGAGAAGAAUUAUAGGAACUCCUGAUUAUAUUGCUCCAGAAAUAAUUAGAGGUUAAUCUUUUUCACAUAAAUCUCAGGAUUUUUGGUCACUUGGAAUCAUUUUAUAUGAAUUCUUAGUAGGUAUACCACCUUUUAAUGAUGAAUCAGUUGAAAAAAUUUAUUAAAAUAUAUUAGAUGGAAAUAUAGAAUGGCCAGAAAUUGGUGAUGAUCCAGAAGAAUAAAUUUCAUAAUAAGCUUUUGAUUUUUUUAAAAAAUUAUUAAAUCCAGAUUAUACUUAAAGAUUAGGAUAUGGAUCAAUUGAAGAAAUCAAAAAUCAUCCAUUUUUAGCAUCUAUUAAUUGGGAAUAAUUAAGAAAUACUCCUGGCCCUAUUAUUCCUUAAAUUAAUUAAAAUUUUUCACCAUUUGAAAAUGUUGCAGAAAAAGUUUAGAAAUUUUUAAAAAAAGGAGAAAGAAAAUAAAUUUAAAUUAUUAAUAAAUUAUAAGAAGAAUUAGAAUAUUUAGAAAGAAUUGAUUUACUAGUGGCAAAAAAUGAAAAUGAGGCUUAAUUGAUUAAAUAAUAAUUAUAAUUAUUUUCAUGA